AUGGAUCUCAACGGUGAUGGACGAGUUGGCGGUGGUCCGGUAGGACAUUAUCCUCCUAAUGGAAACAAUCAACAGUACGGUGGUUACCCUCAAAAUGCAGGUAGUGGAGGUUACCCUCCAAAUUACAACAAUCAGUACGGUGGGCAGUAUCCUCCGAAUGGUGGCAAUCAGUUUGGUGGACAAUAUCCUCCAAAUGGUGGCAAUCAGUUUGGUGGACAGUAUCCUCCAAAUGGUGGUAAUCAAUUUGGUGGACAGUAUCCUCCAAAUGGUGGUAAUCAAUUUGGUGGACAGUAUCCUCCAAACGGCGGCAAUCAAUUUGGUGGACAGUAUCCUCCGAAUUUUGGUGGUCAACAAGGGUGCUAUCCUUCGAAUCAUAACCAUCAUCAAGGAUACUAA